GGAAGGGUGGUCAGUCGGGUUUGUCUGACAUACAUUCAAUUCACCUGCCUACCUAGCUAUCUAUUAUCUGGAUAGAGAGAUACUAGAUACUGGAUACCUACUGGAAUUGGUAUCUAGUUCUAGAUUUGAGUUCGAGGUGACUUCACGGGACUCAAUCAAGAACCACCGGAAACAACAAGGCUCCCUCCCUCUCAAUGGCUUCCUCGAAUCCACUCGACGCCGCUUGCGUCACGGGGUCCCAAGCGUCCUCGUCGUCUUUAAACCCGGGGGUGUACGAACGUCAGGAUGAAAAUAGUCCGUUGCUGGCACGUUCGCAACCUAUUGCUGGCGAUGGGGUUGGUGCGACUAUGAACUCGAAGCAAUCCUGGUGGACGAGGGCGCAGGAUGUCUGGUUCCAGGGUAAAGGCAUGAUCCUUGUCAUGUGUGCUAUGUUCUUUGGCGCGUCGAUGAAUGUCAUGACUCAGUUUUUGGAGAUUAAGGGACGCGAGGGGAAGGGGUUUCAUCCGUUUCAGAUUCUCUUCGCGCGCAUGUCGAUCACCGUCGUCGCGAGUUACCUCUACAUGUGGUAUGCGCGGGUGCCCCAUCCGUUUGGGACCCGCGAUGUCUUCACGCUUCUGAUGCUGCGCGCGAGCGGUGGCUUCUUUGGUGUCUACGGGCUCUACUACUCCGUUCAGUAUCUGCCGCUGUCCGAGGCCACUGUGGUGACCUUCCUGGCGCCCAUUCUCAGCUGCUAUGCUUGCUCGCUGUUGAUCCCCAAUGAGACCUUCACGCGCAAGCAGCAGCUGGCCGGCCUGGUCUCCCUGGCGGGUGUCAUCCUCAUCGCUCGUCCGUUCCCGUUCAUGAGAGCCGGGGCCGCCGACCCCGAGCCGGAUCAAGGGGAUAAGCCCGGCGCCACCGACAGCUACCACCAUGUGCUGGCCAUCGUGGUCGCCUUGGUGGGCGUGCUAGGCGCCUCGUGUGCGUACACGACGAUCCGAAUGAUCGGCCAGCGCUGCCACCCGCUCGUCUCGGUCACGUACUUUUCGUCGUUCACGACGGUCGUGGCCACGCUGGCGAUGCUGCUCGUGCCCUCGAUCCCACUGGAGCUCCCGGGCACGCUGUUGGAAUGGACCCUGCUCCUGGGCCUGGGGGUGAGUGGCUUCCUGCUGCAGUUCCUGCUCACCGCCGGCUUGUCGUAUGCGCCGCCGCCGCGGACGCCCAAGGCGCCGGCGGAGUGGGAUCAGCGGAACUAUGGGACGCGCGAGGAGGCGCCGGCCAAGCCGUCGUCGUCCGGGUCGCGGGCCACCUUUAUGCUGUACACGCAGAUGCUGUUUGCGGUGUUCUAUGACCGGGCAGUCUGGGGGAGCACGCUAUCGGCGGUGAGCUGGGCGGGCUCGGUGCUGAUCCUGGUGAGCGCCAUGUAUGUGGCCACGGCGCGCGAGGGCGCCAAGGGGGCCGCGAGCGAGGGCAAGCAAGAGAAUGAGGGGACGGAUGGCAUCCGAGCGGCGGCUACAGCUGCAGGAGACCUGGAGGAAGGCGGGGAAAGGCAACGGGGGCGCGGAUGAGGCAACACACGCGACGAUCUGAGGGAUUUGAGCGCAUGUUUUCGCAAGGAGCACGGGUGUCACAGCGCAUGGACGACGGCGGGGAGCUGGUUCGAGCGAUGCCACAUGUUUGGGAGCGCAUUGCAUAGCAUGGGCAUAUCAUGGCAUAUAUACGGCGUAGACGGCUGGCACGCAUGAUGAUAUGAUGAAUGACAGGAUUGAUUGGAUGAUG